AUGCCCUGGCGUGCGGAUGGGCCAAGGUCUUUGAGAUGCGUCGCCAUUUGGAUUAUUUCCGCGCGUCAGGCAAGGGCAUUACUGUGUUUAUGGAGACGGGAGGUCCCAAGGAAUUUUUCCUUGGCAUGGGUUUCGCGCUCUACGUCGCACCGGAGGGCGGUUUGGGGUUGCGUGGCUUUGCUGCGAGCGGUUCGUAUGUCGGGGGCGUGCUGGAAAAGAUCGGCGUGGCUCCGCAAGUGGAACGCAUUGGCAAGUAUAAGAGUGCAGGAGAUCAGCUUGCGAGGCGUGAUAUGGCACCUGCCCAACGGGAAGUGA